AUGUUCCUAGUCCCCCUUCUGGCUGCUCUCUCUCUUAGUGCCCCCAAGGUUGCCGCACAUGGUGGUGUACUAGCUUAUAGCCUCGCCGGCACUUGGUACAAUGGCUUUGUGCCUUAUAACACUCCUACCGGUCAAAGCACCAUCCAGCGCGAAUGGGACACUUACAAUCCCAUCACUGACCCUACCGAUGCCUCCAUCUCCUGCAACAUCAACGGCGCUUCACUAGGCUCCGCACAAAAGUCUGCUACUGUAGCGGCAGGAUCUUCCGUAACUGCGUACUGGAAUCAAUGGCCUCACACCAUUGGCCCCGUCAUGGUCUACAUGGCCAACUGUGGUGGUGAUUGCACGACCGCUACCACAUCAUCUUUGGAAUGGUUCAAGAUCAACCAGGUUGGUUUGGUCUCCGGAACGCUCACGAGUGGUACCUGGGGUAUGGGCCAGCUCGUCGCAAACAACAAUUCCUGGACCACUUCAAUUCCUUCUUCGCUUGCAGCGGGCAACUACAUACUCCGCCACGAACUAUUGGCCAUUCACACCUCUAACCAACCCCAAUUCUACCCGGAGUGCGCGCAGCUGAUUGUCACCGGCGGCGAAGGAGCGACCCCUCCGGCUAGUUACCUCGUCAAGCUUCCUGGUGCUUAUUCGAUGUCUGACCCUGGUGUCAACAUUGAUAUCUACUCCCAUGAGACGGAGACGAACUACACUAUUCCGGGACCUGCGGUCUGGCAAGGAUGA